AUGCAGAUCACGAACACCUUCCUCUCCCUCAUCAUGGUGGUCACCUACGCUGCCGCAAACCCCGUUCCAGAUGCCGUCAACGAUGUCAGCCUCGCGCCCCGCGCUCAUAUCAUCUUCGACGGCGACCAUGUCCAGCUGGUGGAUGACGCCGCUACGGAUGCUCCUGUGAAGCGCCAAAACAUCAAUCGCGCGGACGUCACUGCGUGGAGUGGCGAUGCCUGCGACGGCUCAUCGGAUCGCUACACAGUCAUCAAUCAGGGAGAUCGCUGCAUCCAGGUCACAAACAAACGGUCCAUCACCCAUGACGGAAGUGGGUGCACUGUGAAGACACACAGCGGUACCGAUUGCCGGGGCUCUCAAGCUACCAUUGGGCGCAACAACGGAUGCAAUUCGGUUCUUUACGCUUCGAUAUCGAUCACGUGCUAG